UAUUGUGGGGUUUUUAAAUCACUUCCUCAUAGGUCCUUGUUGGAAGUAUCGGCUGUUGCUCCGUCAGAACAGAAUACCGUUAUAUUCCAUUUUGCACUGUAAACAAAGGAACCUUUUUCUGUAUAGAUACCGGAUUUAACUGAAUCCACUCGAGUUUAUUACAUUGGAAAAUCCAUUGUGGGAUUUCUUUUUUUUAAUAUAAAAUUUUGUAGACUUUUCAGACCUUGAAAAGUACCCAAAACCCUUGGAGACACAAAUGUAAACGAGUUUCAGCAAUGUCGCGAUAUAUCUAUAUUGAGGUUGUUCCCGAAAACUAAACAACGUUAUUUUUCUUCAAAUAUGUACUUUGCCACCUAAAUGACUAUUGGAUUUGUAUCGAUUUUCUAUUGUGCUUGGAGUGCAUUUAAACAGUCAUCAGGAAAAUUUACAAACACUGCAUUCGGAGAUUGCACAAGACAACAGGAACUCGGAGCGACUUUAUCUGUGUGAAACAAAUCCAGGUUCACUGUAAUUGUGACAGUGUUAACAGUCUCCAGAAAUCUCAGGUGUUCUUGGAGAAGAUAAACACUCCAGGGAUUUAACCAAAUCUAGAUUCAGUGGUCCUGCAAGAUUCAAAGUAUCAGAGGAAUCAUGAAAACCAUUUGCAAGCAAAGAAAGAUAAUUAACUAAAAACCAAAAGAGUAUCACAGAAGAGCACACUAUACGCAUUAUGGCGCCAAAACGUACAGGACGUUUGCUGGGAGAGCGACUUACCGCUCCGCCGAGGCGAUAAAUGAUCUAUCGUUCUCAAAUAUUGUUUGACUGGCGGCACCCCAUGCGUUUUCUGAUGAGCCUGCAUAUUAGAGGCAAUUGACAGCGUCACACUUUAACGCGUGCGUAUUUUAUGUCUGCAUUUUCCUGAGGGGCUUCCGAAGAGAGACGAUUAGCACUAAAAUCGGAAACCAAGCUUGAUCGACUUUUAUUAAAACGGCAGAGCAUGAGCGCUAAGCAGCAGAAUGCAGCGAGCAACAAAACGGGAAACAUGGAUAGUGUGAUCUCGAUAAACCUCGGAAAGACAAUGAUAGCCGAGACCUUGGGUACCAGUAAUAAUAGUCAGGUCAUGUACUCGUCAAUGUUCGGGGGAAGGAUAAAUGGGACGAUUAUUCCGGAACUGAUGACGUUUGAUCCAAAUAAUGAAAGCAUCGCCAACUUCCAGUACGUACCAAAGUAUGACUUGGAAUUAAUGAUCUUCAUUUGUGUGCUGAUCGCUUGCGUGAUUGUAUCCAUUGUGAUUGGAAACGUAUUUGUGAUAUCAGCGAUUAUCUUGGAGAAAAGUUUACAAGGGGUAUCGAACUACUUGAUACUGUCCCUGGCCGUUACUGACCUGAUGGUGGCGGUGCUGGUGAUGCCAAUAUCACUGAUAGACGAGAUCAGUAUGCACUGGUAUCUAGGACCCGCCGUCUGCGACAUGUGGAUUUCCUUUGAUGUACUGUGCUGUACCGCUUCCAUUCUUCACUUGGUGGCUAUUUCCUUGGAUAGAUACUGGGCUGUGUCAAACAUUGACUACAUCCGAAGGAGAUGUACGAAACAAAUAUUAAUUAUGGUUGCUGUCGUUUGGGUGGUCGCAAUUGCGAUUUCAAUAGCACCGCUGUUUGGAUGGAAAGACCAAAAUGACCACCCGGAAGAAACUGGCGUUUGUAAGAUAAGCCAGGACAAAGCGUAUACAAUCUUUUCUACUGUUGGAGCGUUUUAUUGUCCUUUGAUUUUAAUGGUUGUGUUGAAUUUUAAAAUAUAUAGAGCUGCGCGUUCUCGUAUUCGAAAAAAGCAUAUAAAUGGAAUGCAUAGGCCUAUUCGUGCCUAUAAAAGACCUUCCAUAACAGCCGCUGACGCGACAACACGUCAUAAUAGUUCCGGAAGUGACAUCAGCCAAGAUGGAUACACUGUGUAUAACGGCGAACACCAACACGAGGAGCAAGAAGCCGUGUUCAAUGAGGCGGAACAUGACGAAAAUGCAGAAGUAAACACGAGGUUCUUAGUGGUCCCCUCCAAUGUGUACGUACUGAAUAAACAGUUAAAUCCUCCAAAAAAUACAAACAAUAACAAUACUAAACCUAUGGCAUACUGUGAUAAAGAAAGACUCCGGAAGGCCAAGAUUGAAAUGAAGAGAGAGAGGAAGGCAGCUCGUGUCUUGGGGAUCAUUACCGGAGCGUUUAUCGUCUGCUGGCUCCCAUUCUUCCUGUUAGCUCUAAUCUCGCCAUUUUGUCCUUCGUGUGACUUUCACCCCGCCAUGUUUAGUGUCUGUUUGUGGUUAGGGUAUCUGAACAGUCUGCUGAACCCAAUUAUCUAUACCAUAUUUAAUCCAUCGUUUAGAAAUGCAUUCCGGAAAUUAAUAUUCAAAAGGCAUAGAAGGAGACGAUGAUAACAAAAGAGACAAUGUUUACUUUUAAUUUUCUGAUGUUGCGUUAUCAAUAACACUUUGCCAUUGUUUUCAUAUAUUACCGAUACUGGUUGAUUACGUGGGGCCCAGAUGCAUAAUAUCUUUUGUUGGCAAACUUGUUGAUUGUUUUUAAUUUGAUGUUCAUGCUACUCAAAGCGGCAAUGUUGUUUUACCAAUGUCAUAUAUGGUACAUGUAUUAUUCAAUUGACGUUAAGUUAUGACACGGUUAACGGUUAAUUUUUGAAAUAUUUCUCUUCUUUUUUGUCAUCCUUUGUGUUUGAUUCAAGUUACUGUUUGUCUUGUGAAUAACUUGAUCUCCUGUUGUCACCCUUACUUUGCCAUUUCUCUCGUUCUGUCAUCACAAGCAGCAUUUUAAAGUUUUGCCCUUUGGAUUUCAUUAAUAACAGAAAUAUAUGUUUAUCAGUGUCAAGUGUAUGUUUAUUCAUCAGAUUUAGUUUGUCUAUUCAAGAGCGAGUUUUCCCUGUCUCUUUGGUCCCAAAACAGGGAAAACUUCGCCAACAUGAAACACGUGUAAAAUCCGCCAUGUAUCAUCCAGUCUUCAAAUCAAAAAUAUAGAUCUAUUAUUGUGAUGGAUGUCGAUCAAUUGUUCAGAAUAAUUGUUUCUGUAUUUUCAUUGUCUAUCAGUUGUUUAAAUAAAACUUUAUCAAAAAUCA